AUGGUCUUUUCCUACUUCCAGUCAACGGCGCUGCUGCAUGAAAGGCCCGUCGUGGCUAUACGCGCAACUUUGAAGCAGCUUGUUAGGAUGGGAUUCCGAAGCCGAGAUGCCGUUUCCCGUGAAUCGUUCGCCAGGAAGACAGCAUGCACCAUCCUGCUUUUGCUGCAAGCACGUGUAUCGGGAAAUAUGAAAUCACCGGAGACGCCAAUUCAAAAUCUAGUACUGCAGCUUCGAGGAGGAUCUCUGUUUUCAUCCUGCUUCUCGGGAUGCUGCUCUGGACCACCGAGAGCAAAGAAAGCGGGGAGGGACCAGCCCGCAGCCGUCGAUGCACAUCUCAACAAGGAAGGAGAAUCCAACGCGAUCCUGCACGGUGAGAUCGAGACAGGAAAUCUCUCCUAUCCUUCCAGCAAGAGCUACCACGACGAUGUGCUUGCCGAGGACUGGAUCUUCUUGCAGGACUCAUCGAAGUUCAUUUCAUCGUGGAACAGGCGCUAUACGAGCUUAAAGCAUGGGGUGCUUUGCUUCCACAUGGCGGGGGCUCAGUCGGAGCCUUUCGGCAAAGUUCCUCUGAUGAACUCUGUGGCAGAGGCGAGUGACUUCACGGCAUGGCUGCUGAUCCUGGAGUCGUUCCUUCAGAGCCUCCUCUUCGGCAGGAGCUUCCAGUAUGGAAUCACGCUGAGGAUCAGUAGAGCCGUGCUUGAUGCAGUCAGGAAUCUGCUUCCCCUGUGCCUGCCCUCCAAGGUGAGAUGCGAACAGGAAAAAGAAGGUCUGGCGGACGGUAGCACAAGUCCAGUCUACUGCCUGGCGUUCAACGAUGCGCACAGUCGAGACCUCUGGCUGCAGAAGAUUCGCUACUGCGGCAACUCUCACCUCCAGUGCCAUCCUCAUCCCAGCAUCAUCAACAUGGACUAUCGCGGAGUCGACAGAUGGUUGCGGGAAGUGCUGCAAUCUUUGUCGGAGAAGGUCGGGCCAUUUGACGUGAACGAAGUGCGGCAGAAAUUCAAAGAAAACUUGAUCAGCGGCGAAUCUCUUGUGUUCCUUUCUAAUGAAGACCUCAAGGUGGGGUUACGAAUCAUCAUUGUCAACGCCAUCAAGCAUUCAGUAAAACAUUCUUCCUUCAUGCCUCAUCCUCAGCGCGGCCACGAUGACGUGCUGCUUCCUGGACGCGGGAUUCAGUCAGGUCAGCCCGGAGGAGGUGCGGACAUGGAAGGGAAAGAGAGUCAGGCUUGUCCUCCUGAUCCCAACUCAGCGGCCCUCAACGCUAUGGUGGACUCAGCAGCAGAGGCCGCGAACGAGGAGGAGGAGCAGGGGAAGAACACGGUGAUCCAGCUCCCUUCGUCUGCAAGCACUUGGAGUCUGACUUGGACGAUGAAGUCCGGCGCAGGGGGAGGGAUGAAGGGCCUUCUGCUCGCUCUUGAGACGAUCAGGAACGUCAGCGGGAUCCAUGUGACCAAGGGGCAGGGCAGCCUGCCCUUCAACAAGGACGAACUCUCCUCAGCUCCCUGGGUCCCGAACGAGGAAGGGAAGAGUAGCAGAGUGAUCUUUGCUCAAGGAUGGCUGUGGAAGCAAGAUUCAGACUGGACGAGGAGGUGA